ACACAGCCAACUAAAAAUAGCCAUUAUAUUUUUCUUCUUUCUCUAGUCAUCUUAUACCCUUUAUGCUCUGCAACAAUCUGUUAUUUUUUUCCUUCUUCAUCAAAAUCUUUCAAAUCUUUAUUUUUAAUAAUUCCAAUUCUUGAAUGGCCAGUGGUCUCAUUAUUUCCCACUGGUGCAUUUUUUUGUUCAUUAUUUCUUGUGCAGCCAAUAAAAUUAGACAAGGAGAAAUUCUAAGAGAUGGUGACACUAUUAUUUCUCCAAAAAGGAAAUUUAUUUUGGGAUUUUUUAGUCCUAAAGGUUCUAAUGAAAGGUUUCUUGGUAUAUGGUAUGCUGAUGUUCCAGUAGAUUCAGUUGUUUGGGUUGCAAAUAGAGAUAAACCAAUUUCUGAUAAAAAUGGUGUCUUUACAAUUGAGAAAAAUGGGAAUUUAGUUGUUAAAAAUGGUCGUGGCGAUUUAUUAUGGUCGACGAAUGUUACUGUUGAUACGACGAAUUCUACGGGGUCCCUUUUGGACAAUGGCAAUCUUGUCAUAGUUAAUAGUAAUAACAGGGACUUGUGGCAGAGUUUUCAGCAUCCUACAGACACAUUUUUGCCAGAAAUGAAGGUUUAUAUGGAUGGAGUUUUGAGGUCUUGGACUAGUGAAAGUGACCCUUCACGUGGAAGAUACUCCUUGGGAGUUAAUCCUCGCGGAUCACCACAGAUUGUGAUAUGGGAUGGACCAAAUAGACGUUGGAGAAGUGGAUAUUGGGAUGGACUCUUAUUCACAGGUGUUCCAGAUAUGAAGGCUGUGUAUUUACAUGGUUUCAAGCUUUACAACGAGGGGAAUAGGCUAUACUUCACUUACACUGCAGCAAAUGCUUCUGAUUUAGUGAGGUUCCAUAUUAGCCCAACCGGAUAUGAGUUGCAACAAAGGUGGGAUAACGAUAAGGGACAAUGGAGCAUGAUACAGUCUCAUCCAUCAGAUGGUUGUGACCUAUAUAACUUUUGUGGGAAUUUCGCGAAAUGUGAUGUCUCAAAUUCGCAAAAAUGUGUCUGUUUAGAUGGAUUUGUACCAAAAGAUUGGGGACAGUGGAAUGCGAGAAACUGGUCAGAAGGGUGUGUUAGGAGAACAAGAUCGGAAUGCAGGGGAAAUAGUAGUGAUGGUGGAAAGAGGGAUGGAUUUUUGGAGAUUGAGAGAAUCAAGUUGCCGGAUUUUGCUGAUAAUUUAGAUAUACGAAACAUCGACGAGUGUAAAAGAAAGUGCUCGGAAAAUUGUUCAUGUACUGCUUAUGCUUUUGUUAGCGGAAUAAACUGCAUGAUAUGGAGUGGAGAUUUAGUUGAUCUGCAGCAGUUCAAGGAAGGCGGAAAUACUCUCUAUAUUCGCCUUGCUCAUUCUGAAUUCAGUAAAAAGAACAGGACAAUGAAAAUUGUGCUAAUAUCCAUUCUGGCAGCCGGGGCUUUUGUUGUUUGUAUGGCAGUUUUGCUACUCUGCAAGUAUAGAGCCAAAACUCGAGCAUCCAAGAGGAUCAACCAAAUGGAGAUAAGCGAGCAAACUAGGAGCAGAGAGUUCUCUAUGGACUUAUCGGGACCAGGAGACUUGAGUGUUGAAGGGCAUCAAGGAAGUGGUUGCGAACUAACUUUCUUCAGUUUCAGCCGUGUAGCAGCGGCAACCGGCAACUUUUCUAGUGAAAACAAGCUGGGACAAGGAGGAUUUGGCCCUGUCUACAAGGGCAAGCUACAAUGUGGCCUAGAAAUUGCAGUGAAGCGGCUUUCAAGAAAGUCAGGACAAGGUGUAGAGGAGUUCAAGAAUGAGAUUAUGUUAAUUGCCAAAUUACAACAUAGGAAUCUUGUUAAACUUUUGGGCUGCUGCAUUGAGGGAGAAGAAAAAAUGCUGCUUUAUGAGUACAUGCCCAACAGAAGUUUAGAUUCAUUUCUAUUUGAUCCUGUUAAGCAAGCUCAAUUACACUGGAGGAAACGCUUCAACAUUAUUGAAGGGAUCGCCCGGGGGCUCCUGUAUCUCCAUAGAGAUUCGCGACUCAGGAUAAUCCAUAGAGAUUUAAAGGCUAGUAAUAUUUUGCUAGAUGAAGAGAUGAAUCCGAAAAUUUCAGACUUUGGUAUGGCCAGGAUAUUUGGAGGAAACCAAAAUGAAGCAAAUACAAACAGGGUAGUAGGCACAUAUGGAUAUAUGGCUCCCGAGUAUGCAAUGGAAGGCUUGUUCUCCGGAAAAUCUGAUGUCUACAGCUUUGGUGUACUACUACUGGAGAUCAUUUGUGGUCAGAGGAACACAAGCUUUCGCUCAGAUGAACACUCAGGCAUUAUUGGUUAUGCAUGGGAGAAAUGGGAUGAAGGUACGCCAAUGGACUUAGUGGACCGUUCAAUUUGGGACGAGUGUCAGCACGAUGAAGCAUUGAGAUGCAUACACUUGGCACUAAUUUGUGUGCAAGAUAUGGCAGUUCACAGACCGAACAUGUCUUCUGUUGUGUUAAUGUUGGAGACGGACAAUAUAAGGUUGCCCUUGCCUAGGCAACCUACUUAUACCUCAAUGAGAAAAUAUGAAGAUGCAGAUAUAUGGAACGACAAGCAGGAAUUUACCUCAAACAAUGUCACGAUUAGUGUUAUAGUCGGUAGAUGACAUCUGCUAUUUUGCAGAAAUGUGAGAUCAAGUUAUACUUAUAUUCAUAAUUUUGUGCUAUCCAUUUAUACUUCUCAGCAAGAUGUCUAUAGGAAAUGAUUCAAUUCAAAACUAUAUUCAGUAAAUAUAACUUCACAUCAAACUGA